UUGAUGUUGCCAGUGUGGUAACCAAUCUGCAGGGAGCCGAUCACCGCUCCCAGGAUGGACGUCACAAGCGUGGCCGUCAGAUGGCUCUGCCGCAGAAACAGAAUUGAGGAGUUAUCUGAGCUUCCAGACCUGUGGCUUACCAGUUGACUGACUGUAAGAAGAGAUUACAGAGAAUACAAUCAUUGGCCUUGGCUUCAUCUGUAAUGACGUUUCCACUGUCUUCAGAGGAUGGAUGCCACUCUUUUCAGGAAAUAUCUCCCAAGCCAACUAUGGUUGACCCCUCGGAGGCUGAGGAGCAGAAUAAGUGUAAAGGCCCGCAAUUCGACACACCAGCUGUGGCUACCGAAGACUCUCGACUGCCAGAAAACACAGAUAGCACGACAACAGAGGAAGAUGGGGAUGCUGGUUUUGAGACGCCACCAACCGGCAGUUCAGAGCCAAGCCCCUGCCACACUGCAUCUCCAGUGGCUCCAGAGGUCACCUCUCAGGACUCAGCACCUCAGCAACCACAGACUCAGACUGACAGCGGUGUGUCUCCAAAGCUGCACCUGGAUCUGUACAACUUUGACUCGCCGGCCGCAGAGGGCAGCCGAUACGUUUUAACGAGCCCCCGCUCUCUGGAGGCGUGUGCUCGAUGCGGGGUCAAGCCUGUGGAGCUGCUGCCUCGCCCGCUCUCUGACUUUGCCCGUGAGGCUCCUGGCCGCUCAAUGCGUGUCGCCACAGGCUUGUUUGAAGUCUUUGAGAGGGACAGGCAUGCCAAACUUAGGCAGUGCAGGGAAGAGAGGGAAAGGAUUGUUAGGGAGGAAAAACGAAGGCUUCUUCAGGCAACGGUCAAUAGCAGCAAUGCAUCUUCUGUGGAUAAAAUGUCCUCUGGCCUCACCCAGUCUUCUAAGUCUGGGCCAGUGACCUCCAGCUCCACCCUCAACGCUGGAACAUCUUCUAGAGCCACAGCAUCAGGUCAAGCCUCCAAAACAGGUGCAGCUCUUUUAUCCAAAGUACCUGCCUCCAUUCUUAGUACCUCCCCUAAAUCUUUUCAUGCGGGACCAACCACAUCCUCAAAAUCUGGCUCUACACCCUCUACACCAGUUUCCAAGAGUGGAUUUCUAGGAUCUGGAAAACAUCCUCUGUCCUCAUCCCCUGAAUUAGUAAAGCCCACACGACCACUUUCAUCUGGCCCCCCACCAGUAGUUCGGAAGUCCUCUGGUGGUAAAUCUUCAAACACUUUUCCUAGACCAACACCGAAACCCCCUUCCUUCCCCAGAGCCAACUCCACUUUGACUUCAUCAGCGUCAAAACCUGCAGUUCAGAGCUCUGGGAUACCUCUGAACGGUGUAACAGGAGGACCAUUUACACAGCACAAUGGACAUCUUGGAUUUCAUUCCAAGGUACGAGGAAAAAGCCAUUCACUGGAAUCUUUACAGCGAAGGAUGGAUCCCGUCUGCUCUUCAACCUCCACUACUACGACUACGACUACAUGCACCUCGUCAGAGUCGGGCGCUUCUUCUUCUUACAGUUGGGAUGGUGCACGAGAACACUGGGCUAGAGUCUCCAGUCCUCGAGCUCGCACUCUGGCCACUUUCAACUCCCUAAUGGGCCGCAGCCUCAGCCUCGGCGAUCUGAGCCACUCUCCUCAGACGACACAGAAGGUGGAGCGCAUAGUAAAGGAGGUGAAGCGCAGAGGGCUGAAAGCUGUGUCUGAGAGAGACCGCAAGAUAGCAGCUUUGAUGCUUGCCCGAUAUCAAGAGGAAGACAUCAUGAGCCAGAGCCGCUAUGUGGCUCACCUUCAGUGGGAUAGUGAGCGCAGGAUGGAGGAGCUGCGUCGCGAGCAGGAGGAGCGAGAGAAACAGCGUGCCGUGCUUCAGUGUCAGAGAGUGUGGCAGACACAGGUGUCGCUGCGUCAGCGAAGACUCAGCCAGCAAGAGCGACAAUCAGCAGCAGCCAAAAUGCGACAGGUCGAGGAGAGCGAGGAGCGAUGGAGGGAGCUUGCAGAACAGCAGGAGCGUAACCGCCUGCUAAGGUUACAGCAGGCAGCGCGAGAGGAAAAGCACAAGAAGGCUCUUCAGGAGCAGAACCUGAAGAGCCUGGAGGAAGAGAGGGCUGCCAUGCUGGAGCAAGAGAGGCUGCUGCUGAAUGAGAAGCUCACCAUGGCUGAGCUGAAGAGGCAAGAGAAAGAGCACCAAUCCCAGGAGGAGAGGCGAGGUCUGAACAAAGCAGAGAAGAGACGUCACAUCGCCCUGAUACAGGAAAUCGCCCGUAGAGAGAAAGAGGAGAGGGAUGAGGCCAGGAGGUCAGCAGAGGACAAGCUCAGCCGUUCCCUUGAAAACUACGAACAGAUAGUUGAACGUCGAGGGAAGGAGCUGAAAGAGAAGGCCAAGCGCGAGGAGAAGCAGAUCCAGAAAGCACGCAAGGCAGCAGAGAAGCGCGAGAGGCAACAGCAGCAGCUGCUGGAGGCUCGGGUAAAGGAAGCAGAGAAACGAGCCCAGCAGGCAGCUUUGGUGGCUGAGGAGAGGGCCAAAGAGAAAGCGCAGCGGGCAGUCCAGAGCCGACAGGAGAAGGAGAAACUCCAGAAGCUCAACAGGCAGCGCGUGGAGGAGGAGGAGAAGCAGAGGCGUCUGGAGCUGCUGCAGUCCAUCGAGAGGAAGCUGGAGAAGAGUGAGCAGAUCUUCAAGGAGAAGAAGGCAGUGUUAGAGAGCGCCCGAUCUGUGGCUAGAGCCUCUUUUCACGUGCGAGACAAAGUGCGGGAGGAGACCAACAUGCGUACCUUUGAUAAAAUGGCCUUGGAAGCUCAGCUCAAAGCCAGUCUCGAUGAGAAAUAAUCAUAGCUUUGUUGUGGACUCCUUACUUCUGGUCAUGUGCUUGGGUCCUGCCUUCAUUAUGGCCUCAGUCACUCAACAGCUUUACCUUUGUACCCAUAAGCACCUGCAAUGUUAUUUUUUCCCUCACAUAUCUUUACCCAUCAGCUGGUUUUACUACAUUUUUCAUAAUUUUUAUUAUCAACACAAACAAUAUAAUUUUGUAUCGUGGAUGUAAUGAGACUACAAACUAACAGCAACGCCUGUGAAACACAUGCAGUGGACUUCAUGAUAGACAUGAGAGUUUUAGGACAGCAGCAAACCCCUUCUCUUUGCCUUCUGCUCCAUCGAUCUCAGCUACUGGACUGAAAGCUCCGCUGGAAUGAAAAGAGUCAUUGUUUACCAGGAAGCACAACUCCAUGACAACUGCAUAGGCUUUUAAGGGAGCACUCAUGGAAGAGAAGAAUAAGCAUAAGAAAA